GAACAAAGUGUCUGUGUGUCGUUCGCUUGCUAUCAUCUCCCUAGUCUCCUACCCGAUCCACCAGAAGGUGAUAAACCUCCGUCAUAUAAGAAACUUACCAUGUACUCGCCAUGCUCGUGGCCCACAUCUGGGGACCUUUCGCUCCAGACGAAGCGGGACGGGAAGGAUUUCAUCAUUCCACUAGCUCCACCGAUUUUCGUAACUCCAGACAAUUGCAUCGAUGUCUCUGCCUUUGUCAGAAGUGGGAAUCGUGCUUUUUCAGUGGUCCAACAGAGCGACAUGUCUGACUAUUUGUUUAUGCUCCACGCUCACAGUCCUACCCCGCAGCAACUCAACUAUCUGGCUUCGUGCAGUCAUAGGCGUAAGGGGUGGGAGAAGAGCAUGCGUGAUAUUUGCGAGCUCAAGCUGAAGGAACCGAUAUGGAGGCAAUCGCCAUCAGGUUCUUGAAGUGGCUUUCGAUGUUGUAGAAGUUAUGUGACAUUAUACCUACGUUAUGCUUGUAAUUCACCCUUGGGCCACGCGGCUUUGAGUCUUGUCAGGGUUUUCUGAAAUAAGUCUUUGGC